CACUGUCAUUCUACUACUACCACCCAAAAACUGGGUGGCACAAAUAUCAAUGAAGAGUACCCGCCUUUUAUUUAGCCGCUAAUUAUGAAAAAUAGGGGUGAAGAUAUCAAUUUCCGUCUGAUACUCGUAUCCUGGAUUUUGCUCCGCAUUCAAAAAGCGAGCCUAGACACUUUCCCUGUUUCCUCUGAAACACGGCAUUCUGGUUUACCUCUCUCUCUAAACGGAGGUCACUUUCUCUCUCUUCUCGCACCACGCAAUCUCCUUGAUUGUGACGCUGUCAGCCUCCCUCCCUCCCUCUCUCUCUCUCUCUCUCAGUAUCUGUCAUUGCGGGGUUUUCUAUCUUUUUAAUGCUCUUUCUGCAACGAAGAAGAGGCCAUUUUUGCAGCAUUUGUUCCUGAUUGAAUGAGGCUCUGUGCAAUCGAUUUUCUCUCUCUAACUCGCUUUCUCUUUCCCCAAUGCUUCUGACUCCUCACGUUUCUCUCUCUCCUGUCACCUUUCAGUCUUGAAACAGGGCCAUCUUCCUACCAUUUGUCCCUUAUUGAAUGAAAUCGAUGGGAGUUUGCUUGCUCAUUGCAUUGUCGUUUCUCUCUCUAAACCAUCAUCUCUAAGUGCUUCUCAUUCCAGGGUUUCUCUCUCUAAUGUUUUCCGCCCACGGGGAAGAGAUCAUCUGCGCAACAUUUAUUCCAGAUUAACUGCUAUUGAAGCCAUCUUCGUGCAAUCAUCUUUCUCUCUCUAACACCCCCUUCCCUCUCUAAAUGUUUGUUGUUGAAGGGUUUUCUCUCUCUUCUUUCAUACUUCAGCCAUGAAGAAGAGGCACUCAGCCCAUCAUUUGUUCUGGUUGGGCUUGAGAGUUGUUUUAGGGUUAUCGGCGACCUUCUGUGUUUUAUCUUUCCUGAGAAUUCAGUCGGAAUACAAGCCAGAGCCGCCCUUUACAUGGACCCAAUUGCCUUUCACUGGUCCUCCAAAGAUAGCCUUCCUCUUCCUUGUGCGUGCGAAUCUACCUCUCGACUUUCUAUGGAACCACUUCUUCUUGAAUGGCGAUUCUCGAAACUUCUCCAUAUAUAUCCAUUCGAAACCUGGCUUCGUUUUGGACGAGUCGACAACCAGGUGCACCUUUUGCUAUGGCCGCCAGUUGAGCCAGAGUAUACAGGUGGGUUGGGGAGAAGCUACUAUGAUCAAAGCAGAGCGAAUUCUUAUUCAAAAAGCGCUUCAGGACCCUGCAAAUCAGAGAUUUGUCCUCCUCUCCGAGAGUUGCGUGCCUUUGUACAAUUUCAGCUAUAUUUACAAUUAUCUGCUGGCAUCUCCAAAAAGUUUUGUGGACAGCUUUCUUGACACAAAGGAGGGGCGCUACAACCCAAAAAUGUCAUCUGUCAUACCCAAGGAUCGAUGGAAGAAAGGUUCCCAGUGGAUUACUUUAAUUCGAAAGCAUGCAGAGCUUGUUGUAACUGAUGACAGAAUCUUCCCAGUUUUCGAAAGAUACUGCAAGAGGCGGCCACCAUCAGAUGAACUCGAGGAGAAGGUUUCUAGGAGCUUCCUCUUCUCUUUUCAUAAACCAAAUGUUCAGAAAGAGCACAAUUGUAUCCCAGAUGAACAUUAUGUGCAGACCUUACUUGCUAUGAGAGAUCUUGAAGAUGAAGUUGAACGAAGAACUUUGACCUAUACUUCAUGGAACCAAUCCACUACUGAAACAGAGAAGCAGGCUUGGCAUCCUUUAACUUUUGGGUAUAGAAAUGCAGAUUCCCAUCGUAUCAAAGAAAUAAAGAAGAUGAAAAUGUCGUUUUUAUGGAGUUUAUUGGUGCUUAGGACCAUAUAAUUUGUAAGAAAGCUAGGAAUUGAAUUAUAAAGACCACCAAGUAGGUUUUUGGAGGUGACCUCUUGGAAGAUGAUGUCCCUCACUAGCAGUUACCCAUCCUAAAAGAAAAGUACACAUGCAAACAUAAUGAUACUCUGUUCAAUCCCAGUAUAGCGAGAUGUAACUAGGCAAGACUAUUUUCAAGAUGGUGGCCUCGUUGGAAGUUCUUGUCAGUGUGAUGCAGGAUUGACUUGGUCUGAUUUCAUUAGGUUGAUUCACCAAGUCACAAUUCAACUUUGCAAGCCCUUUGAGUAUUAUUUGCUCAGUUAGUUACUUAAAUCUAUUAUAAUUAGAAGCUUUUGGCACACAAAGCCUGAUGUUAUGACUUCUUUCUGUAAUUUUCUUUCAUUGUUUUGUCUUACAUGUAAACACAGAAAGGCGCUAUUACAUUUAAAUGUUUAACUCUUCUAAUAUUUGCAUAUUUCCAUCCAUACAUAACAGAGUGAAAGAACAGAAAAGGAAGGGUAACAUAAAAGAAGAUGAUAUGUAGCACUGAAUUAAAUUAGUGUUAUUGGUUUCUUUUUGCUUUGUCGAAGGGCUGAUAUUAUCAGGCUUUGGCUCUUUGCGGUACGAGAUGCAUAAAAAUUGGCCAACUUUUCAGCCUUUUUUGUCUCUUCAGUGAGAGCAGCUGAUAGUUAAGUCCAAGCGGAAAAAUUUCUUUUCUUUUUUAUCAUUUUUGGUGGUGAUGUUAGGUUGUGAUUCCCUAUAAUAAAGCUUUGGAAAAGCUGCAGAUGGUUUUGGCUUAGUCAAUAUUCCCAUUAUCUGUGAUUUAGGGAUAAUUCUUGUGCUUAUUUACUAGUAUUAUGAUGUCCAAAAAUUUGAAUAUAAUAUUAAAAUUAAAUGUGUUUCUGUU